AUGGCUUUGUCCAGACUUGCCUCUAUUGUUUCGGUCCUUGCGGCUCUUGGACGCGCGACCCCGACAGGACCAGGAUGGUCACCACAUGGGCACUAUCCCCCCCCUCCUCCCCCUGCUUUUCCUCUAGCGACGACAACCUCGUCAGCUUCACCCGCGCCGGCAUCGUCUGCCCCAGCGUCCUGCUCUGGGUAUUUUGAGCCUCUGGCUCCGCCUUUCCUCAAUGAUCUGGCACAGGCUGCUGGCAAGCUGUGGUUUGGCAGUGCGACCGAUCAACCUGGAACCGGUGAGGACACCAACAUCCUCUACCAAGAGAUCCUGAACGACACGCACAUCUUCGGCCAGAUCACCCCGGCGAACAUGAUGAAGUUCGAGCUGAGCGAACCAGAACCCGGCGUCUUCAACUUCACGGGCGGAGACAUUGACGUGGCCAUUGCGCAAGACCAUGGGAAAUACCUGAGAUGUCACAACCUGGUCUGGGUCAGCCAAGUCAGUGAAUGGGUCUUGAACGGGAGCUGGACGGCAGAUACACUCACAGAUGUCAUGCACAACCAUAUCCAGACCAUGAUCACCCACUUUGGAGACGCCUGUUACUCGUGGGACGUGGUCAACGAGGCUAUCACUGCCAACGGCUCAUUUUCUUCCAGUAUUUGGUACGACGUGAUCGGCCCAGAGUACUUUUUCCUGGCAUAUCAAUUCGCUCAGGAGGCCGUCGACUCCCUACCGGCUGGCACGCGAAAGCCAAAGCUGUACUACAACGACUUCGGGAUCGAGUCUGGGAACAAGUCGGUGGCGGUGCUCGGUCUGAUCCAAGAGCUGCAGAGUCGGAACAUCCGCAUCGACGGCGUCGGGCUGGAGAGCCAUUUCGUGGUCGGCGACACGCCCUCGCUGGAGGAGCAGGUGGCCACGAAACAAGCCUACAUCGCCGCCGGGGUCGAGGUGGCUAUGACCGAACUCGACGUCCGGUUUUCCCAGGCCAAUCUGACCAACGCCACAGCCUUUGCCCUGCAGGCGGAAGAGUACUACAACUCGACGGCCAGCUGUGUCCUGGUGGAGGGGUGUGUCGGGAUCACGGUCUGGGACUUUGACGAUCAAUACAGCUGGAUUCCCUCGAGCUUUCCCGGACAGGGCCUGGCGGACCUUUACGAUGCUGACUUUAGGAUUCAAAAGCCCCUGCUCGGCAAUAUGCCAGAUUGCCUUCUCGUCAAAUGGCUGUGUCAAGUCAAGGGUCAAGCGCACAAUGACCUUGUCUGCAUUCACCCGGCAUCGACGCAUCACCUCCGCAAUUUGACCCAGACCUCGGGGGAGGGUGCAAUAUCUGCCUUCCUGACCUGGAAUGGCACUGCGGAAGCUGGUGUCCAGACGAUGGUGGAAUGUGUUCUCGUCGAACUCAGUAUGAUAAUGCUGCUCUAUGUUUCGAACCGACAGCCUGUGAUGACCAUGGCCUCAUUCUUUCGGGUCCUGGUGCCAUUGGGAUUGCUUGUUGGGCAUAGCUUUGGUCAUCCUCGGGAUACUGUUCGCCGGGCCAACGUUGCCGUGUCCAACACCGGCAGCUCACUGACCUAUGUCUUUCAAAACAACCUCAAUGCCUCAGACGAUGUGAACCAUGUCGGCGCUAUCUUGCUUGACCCGAUGUCAGCAUCCGCUGGGUCGGCUGCUUGUGAAGAGUUGAGCGAGACACUGUUGACCCAGACGACCAUCCAGAACUACAGCAGUGAUUUCUCCUCCGCCUUAUCAUACCUGGCAUACUCUGGAAGGGUGUCUCCAAAUCAGGCGUAUCACAUCGCUGGUGGCAGCUUGCAGGUCUCGGAUCAAGCACAGCUCUCUUUCCCCACAGCGCCACAGGGCGACUCAGCUUUGCCUGUCCUUUGCACCCAAUCAAGCAAUGCAAGUCAGCCUCCAAACUCGACGGCAAGCUCUUCCAACCAGGUCGUCGUCACGGCAGCAGGGAAUACUUAUAUCGGCUACCGAAACCAGAAAUCGUUUCGUUUCCUGGGCAUCAGAUAUGCAGAUCCUCCACAGCGAUGGGUAUACUCUCAUUCAUACAGUGGAACUGGCGAUACGGUGAAUGCAACCGCAUAUGGACCCCAGUGUUCACAGGCAUCCGUGAAUGGUACAAGUGAAGACUGCUUGUUUCUCAACAUCCAGACGCCAUACAUUCCCAAAGCCGGAUCAUCCAAGAGCCUGCGACCCGUCUUGUUUUGGAUCCACGGCGGAGGCUUCACCGGUGGCACAGGCGCUGAUCCGCUGAGCGACGGGGGUAAUCUGGCUUCUCGCGAGGACAUUGUUGUCGUGACCAUCAACUAUCGGCUGUCCACGCUGGGCCUUUUGGCCAUUCCCGGCACCAACAUCACCGGAAACUUUGGUAUUGGCGACCAGAUCGUCGCCUUGAACUGGACCGUACAGAACAUUGCCGAGUUCGGCGGCGAUCCCACCAAAAUCACCAUCAUGGGCGAAUCCGCCGGAGCUGGCUCUGUCCGAACCCUCCUCGGUAGUCCCCCAGCCAUCGGACUGUUCCAGGGCGCAAUAAGCAUGUCUAACCUAGGUGGCGGUGUGACUCUUGGUCUUGACAGCAACUACGGCACGACCUACUCGUCAUACUACACCGUUAACGAAUCAUACACAGUCGCUGGGCCUCAGAUCUUCAACGCGUCAAACUGUACCCAACAAUCACUGAGUGGCAAGAUCGCGUGCCUGAAAAAGGUCAAUGCCACGGAUCUGGUGAGCCUGGAGACGGUUGCUCGAUAUGUCGUGCAAGACGGCACCAUUGUCAACUCGUCGCAACUCAACGUGGUCCAGAAGAAUGCGGGCAGCGCCUACGUGCCGAUCAUGUUUGGCGUCGCAGCGAAUGAUGGCGCCUCCUUUUCCACCAUCUCCCCGACUCCCGUGCACAACGAGACCGAAGGGCUGAUGACCGGUCUGGGCAUCAAUGCGUCGUACGCGCAGGCCAUCAUCCGGUCCGGCCUGUUCCCCUACUACGACACGGGCAACAUGACGUUCGACUCCUUCAACGUGACGCAACGGGUCGCCACGGACAGCACCUUCCGCUGCAUCGACCAGGCCACGGUCUACGCCGGCGCCGAGACCGGCACGUUCCCAGCAGCAUAUUACUACCAGUUCGAACGGACCAUCAACGGCUACAACCCGGAAAACGUCCCUGGCGCACCCAUCACGCCAGGCUACCCGCACGGGAACCCCAACCUGCCUUACUUCAAGCUGCACGGCGCGGACAUGGACUGGGCGUUUGGCAACUUCUACGUGCCCCUCCGGGACGCAAACGAUCUGUACUCGGUGCAGCUUGUGAGUGGGUACUUUGCGGAAUUUGUGAGGAGCGGCCAGCCGAAUCCGCCGGUCCCGUACCUCCAGGCCAGGGGGUACACAAGGACCUUGCAGGGCGUCCAGGAGUCCGGGCCAUGGGAGAAGGUGUCGAAUGCCACCGGGCCGAUUAAACAUUUGGACUACCCCGCGGUGAGCGGGGGCUUUGUCGAUUUGCCCCAGUGUGCGUGGCUCAACUAUAGCGUCAAUUACUAUCUCGACCAGUAG